UUCCUCUUCUGGUUGCUCAACUCAAAUCGCUGUUGGACAACUGCUGCGUCAUUAUGACUACUACAUGAAACAAACAAUCAAAUUAAAUGCAUCCCUUCGAUCUCCCCCGCCUAAUAAAUAAACAAACCAAGAAACCCUCGCUUUCGCGCAGUACUACUCUUUGCUUCUUUCAAUGGCCUCCAGUGACUCAGAAAUCUCCCACAAGUUCCCUCACUUCGAUGUAUACAAAGACGGCCGCGUGGUGCUACGCCAACCCAUCACUGAGAAAAUCCCACCCUCCGAUGACCCGCUCACCGGUGUCCGAUCAAAGGACGUCAUCAUCUCAUCCGAACCCCCGGUGUCCGCCCGUAUCUUUCUACCCAAAUCCGCUGACACGACCCAGAAACUCCCUCUCCUGUUCUACGUGCAUGGGGGUGGUUUCAGCAAGCAAUCCGCUUUCUCUCGCAAGUACCAUAAUUUCGUCAACACAUUCGUCGCGGAAGCCAAUGUUGUUGCAGUCUCGGUCGAGUACGGACUCUUCCCGACCCGACCAAUACCUGCUUGUUACGAGGACUCGUGGGUCGGGCUGCAGUGGUUGGCAUCCCAUAGUAAUGGGAACGGACCCGAGCCGUGGUUGAACGAUCGCGCAGAUUUUCAACGAGUUUUUGUCGCGGGAGAUAGUGCUGGAGGGAACAUAGCACAUAAUCUGUUGGUUCGGGUCGGAACGAUCGGUUUACCCGGAGUGAAGGUGGUUGGGGCGGUUCUGGUUCACCCAUAUUUUGGAGGUACGGAAAUUGACAAAAUGUGGCUAUACAUGUGUCCAACAAACAGUGGGUUGGAGGAUCCGAGGAUGAGCCCGAAUGCAGAGGAUCUAGCCAGGUUGGGGUGUGAGAGGGUGUUGGUUUUUGUGGCUGAGGACGAUUUGAUGGAUCCGGGUAAGCGUUACCAUGAAGAACUGAAGAAAAGCGGGUGGGUAGGAUCCGUGGAGAUUGUAGAGAAUUCAGGGGAGAAGCACUGCUUCCAUUUGUCAAACCUCAAGUAUGAAAAGGCCGUGGAUUUGAUUGAAAAAUUCGCUUCUUUCGUUAAACAAGACUAGAUGUGUGGUCUUUAGCGUCGUCUGGUUUUGAGCCAUAAGAGUUUUAAAUUUGAGAAUGUUGUAUUUAUCUCCUUUUAAUUAUCACUCUAUUUUUAAUAUUCCCUCUUUAAUAUUUUAAAUUUUGUAAUAUCCCUCAAAUGAUCAAAUCUAUCAAUU